GCUGACAGUUUGCGUAUCUCGCGAAUGAGUGGCUCCGUCACUCGAACGAAACGUCUCACUUGUGGCGAGCUCCCCGAGUGGUUGGUUACCUGGCCUCCUCCUGGCUCUUAAAUAUGCACGCAAUCGCAACCUCCUAGACGGUUCGAUUCAUGGGGGGCGUGAGCGCGGUGCCCUGUUGCAAUCUGGUGGCGAGAAGCGUGUGAUUGAUGGUGUGUCGUUGUAGUGGAGUGGAGUGGAGAGUAGAGGAAACAGGGAUUGGAGUGGAGAGGAGAGGAAACAGGGAUUGGAGUGGAGCUGAGUAGUUUAGUGUAGGGAUUUGCUAGAUGUUUGCGGUGGGAUUGAACAUGGAGUCUGUGCUGUCUAGUAAUUCGCUGCGUGUGAGGUUCGCUUGUCAUUCGGUGACGCCGAGCUGCGCCACCGCUUCGGGUAGAUCCGUAGUCUUGUAUAGUAGAGGCGCGAGCCAUCGGGCAUUUAUCUUGCCCUCGUGUUCGGAGGUGCAUUGGACGGGCGGGAGGCAAUGCAUGUCCGGUGCGAGACGGUCGAACUCCGGGAGGACAAUCAAGUUGAGGAGUUCUAGGAGGCGCGUGGCAACGAUCAAGGCUAGCGUGACGGACUCCCGUAACUUGGCCGUAGAUCCACAAAACUCAGGGUUGAGACCUGGCCCAGAGAAGAAGCUGGUUCCUGCUGAAAUUGUGCCGGUGCCAAGUGUAAGGGAGGCUGCAUUGGCUGAGGGUGAAGAGCCCGGCGAAAUUAGCGACGAGCUAUGGAAGCUGCUGGUGCUGGUUCCGGAGCACAUAGGGCAGAAGUUGGUGGCGCACCCCGAGAUCAAUGACUUGGUGGAGAUUGUACUUGACUUGGGGCGGCGGCCUCUGGCACGAUUUCCUUCCGGCGAUUGGUACGUCUCGGAGUCGAAAGUUACUGCUCAAGAUUUACAGCACGCCAUUUCCAUGACUGGGGAAUUUGGCGACGAUAACCGAGCAGGUAUUGAUCGCACACUUCACCGUGUGAGCGCCAUGCGAACUCGAUCUGGGAGUGUUGUGGGGCUCACUUGCCGAGUUGGGCGAGCUAUCUCCGGCAGCGCUGAGAUGGUCCGUGAUCUGAUUGCCAGCAGUAGUUCUUUGCUGCUCAUGGGACCUCCUGGUGUCGGCAAGACUACUGCAAUUAGGGAGAUUGCACGCAUGUUGGCUGAUGAGUAUCACAAGAGAGUGGUCAUUGUGGACACAUCGAAUGAGAUAGCUGGUGACGGUGACAUUCCUCACGCCGGCAUUGGUAUGGCACGGCGGAUGCAAGUGCCCAAAGUCGACUUACAACACAAGGUGAUGAUUGAAGCGGUGGAGAAUCACAUGCCCCAAGUGAUCGUGAUUGACGAGAUUGGAACUGAGUUGGAGGCAGUAGCGGCCGGCACCAUCGCCCAACGAGGAGUGCAGCUCGUGGGCACUGCACACGGCAUGACGGUUGAAAACCUGAUAAAGAAUCCGUCCCUUCAAAAUCUGGCCGGGGGCAUUCAGAGUGUGACACUCGGUGAUGAGGAAGCUCGGAGGCGACGAGUGCAGAAGAGUGUGUUGGAGCGGCAGGGGCCUCCCGUGUUCACAUCUGCUUGCGAAAUGAUCUCACGAACCGAGUGGCGAGUGCACCGCAGCUUGGCCGCUACAGUGGAUGCGUUGCUUGCUGGUAAAUCGCCAAGGGUAGAGGUACGUAAAAUGAACGAGAAUGGGCAGGUGGUCGUAGGCAAUUUGGCCGAGUACCCUUCCCCAUCAAGACCAGGCAGCUCUACCUCUGGAUCAAGCUCGUCAUACGAUCUGGACUGGACUGAUAAUUAUGAGGAGGAUGAUUACGCGGGCGGGGACACCGGCGCAGAGAACGCAGCUGUGCAGGCAUGGGAGCGCUCUGAUGCUCCCAUUCUCUUGUAUCUUCACGAGGUCACAGAAGAAUCCCUGGAGCAAGUGAUGGACGUCAUGGGUUUGGAAAACACAGUUCAGAUCACAGAAGACAUCGGAGCUGCUGAUGCGGUUCUAGCGCUCCGCUCGAAACUCAAGUUGAACUCUUGGGUCCGGGGUAUGGCCAAGUUUCGGCAGCUUCCUAUCUUUGUAAUCAAAGCCAACACUAUGGCACAAAUGGUGAGGGCCAUGCGUGCAAUUAUGAGCAUGGAAUCACUGGGCAAUAAUUCCCUCGGCUCCAAUCGGUUACGAGGUGACGACGGAGAGAAAUCCGAAUCGAUAAUUCACAGGCAACCAAACUCAGCGGAGGAAAUUGAUGCCUUAGAGAAUGAAGACUGGGGGCUGACCUUGUGAUUAAACAUGGUGUUCAGGAGGCGCGAGUAGCGGUGGAACAGAUAGUGAUCCCCAAGGUUCAAGCUGUCGAACUUCUCCCCCGCUCCCCUGAAGUGCUGGCCUUGCAGGUGAAGCUCGUAGAGAGUUAUCAAUUAGCAUGGGAAAAGACUGGCUCCGGGAUGAACAAGAGGCUGCGCAUUCUCCCUAAGCAAUUGGUGGCUAGGAGCAGGAAUAGUAGAGGCAGCGAUCAGGAGGCUGACGAGGAAGCCUCGGAUAUAGAGGAUGAAGAAUUUGAUUCCGAUGUCGAGGACCUGGGUGUGUCGAUAGCGGGAGGCACAAGCCCCGGCAGGUUGCCCAUCCUUCCGGACUGAUUCUGGAGAACAUUCGUCUCCCUAAUUCACUUGUGCAUAAAUGUACACUUCAGUGUAAAAUUGUUGAUGCUAUAGUUUGCAAGCCAGUUCUGUGAUGUUGCUUCGUUCUUGGCCAAUCUUUGCUGACCGAGAUGCUAAAAGCAAUUAUUAACUUUCGGUUGAAAUCCGUAUAUAUUAUUGAGUUUUUAUGGUCCCACCAUCUGAGAUCCGAUUUCA